AACAUGCCUUCUUCAAGUUCAAAGCAUAUUAGCAGUAGUAGUAGUAGUAGUACUAAGAAGCAAUCUAAAUCAAAAUCGAAGUUAUCAUCGCCGUUGAUUAGCGAUGCCGUCACUCCACCCCGCACUCCCGAACCGCACCAAAUCGCCUCUCUCUUGCAAGAAGCUUCUCGAAUCUUCCCAUCCUUCAUUUCAGAAUCCGCUUUCCUUGGCCAAAUCACCGAUGUUGAAUCCACCGAUUCUCUUUCCAAAGCUUCUAAAAUUUGGCUCUCUGAAUCUUCUAUGGUUGCCUCUUCCAUUGCACCGGGUUCACUUGUCUCUCUUAUGGAUGGUGGAGCAAAAAAAAUAGCUUAUGGACAGUGGAGAGAAAAAUAAGCUUAUGGACAAUAUCAUUUGUUUCUAUAAGUCCUCUAAACAAUCUCACAAGUGUUUAUUCAGUAGAUAAACUCAAAUAUGUGAACCCAAACAGGCUCUAUGAUUAUCCCUCUUUCAUAUAUAUUAAUUUUAAUUGAUUUUGCAGGUGUCUAUUCCAUCUUCUUCAAGUCAAGGGAUUGCACAAUUGAAUACCUUUCCUCUCACGUCAUUGACUAAUGAAUGUGUCAAAUGCUAUGGAUUGGAAACUUGUAACACAUUGGAUGGUGCUGCAGGAAACUAUUUUGCUCUUGCAACUGUAUUUCCUUCUAGGAAGGUUUUGAAGAAUGGAGUACGCCUGUCUUUGAAUCUUUCCUUUACCAUGGGAUGUCCUCCUUUGGGUAUUAGUGUCUUUGUCCACCCAUUACAGAAACAAUACAUAUCUUGUCUUGCAAAUGAGAGCAAUGAACUGCAUUCUGCAGGAAAUAAUUGUUCCUUGGUAUAUAAUUGCAAGGAAUUAUAUCUUCAGUUGGUUCCUUGUAACAGUGGACUACCAUUGAAAGUUAAUAAUCUCCCCCCAUUGGACUUGUCUAACUCAAAAUCCCGUGUCCAAUCUGAGAACAAUUUUAUUGCAUCUCCUAAAACACCUUCUUAUGGAUCAAAGUUUUCUAAUGGCAGUUUGUCUUCCCCCUCAGUAUUUGAAGAUUCAGCAUCAAGUGUAACCAAUAACAAUGGUCAAUCGGCGGCUUCAUUUGAUAUUAGCAAGGCAUUAGGAGAUGAAAGUUCCAAAAAAUUACUGCAGACAUGUGCAAAUUCAUGGUUAUACUCUCGUUGUUUACUGCUAGGGAAUCUCAUCAAUGUCUCAAUGUUUUCUGAGUUUUGCAUUUUCCAAGUGAAAGGAAUUAAAAAGGUGCCAGUUACCAUACCUGACUAUAGUCCAUCGAAUGGGAGCAGUAAUUCAAAUCUUGAGGAUUCUGAUAUGGCGGAAAAUGUGAAUCUGGCUUUCACUGUCAAUUGGGAAACAAAGGUAUUUUUAUCUUUGCCAUCAAAUGCAGCAUUGUUAGAAUCAAUUCAAAGAGAUUUAUCGUGUCUGAAACUUGACCACAAGGCGACUAAACCUGGGAUAAGUGAUAAUAUUUCUAAAUUAGGUGGUCUAUCUAAAGAAGAACUGCUUUUAAAGAAGAUAAUUUAUUCUUCAGUGAACAAUACUUUAUCAAGAUUUGGUAUACGGUCUACCAGAGGAGUCCUUCUUCAUGGUCCACCCGGUACAGGAAAGACUUCCCUGGCUCAAUUAUGUGCUUAUGACGCUGGGGUCAAAUUUUUCCCUAUAAAUGGACCAGAAAUUGUUUCACAGUAUUAUGGGGAAAGUGAGCAAGCAUUGCAUGAAAUUUUUGAAUCGGCCAUUCAAGCUGCACCUGCCGUGAUAUUCAUUGAUGAAGUAGAUGCAAUUGCCCCUGCAAGGAAAAAUGGAAGUGAAGAGCUAUCUAAAAGAUUGGUUGCGACCUUAUUGAAUCUGAUGGAUGGAAUUAGUAGGAAUGAAGGGUUACUUGUAAUUGCUGCCACUAAUAGGCUUGACCAUAUUGAACCAGCUCUCAGACGACCGGGGAGAUUCGACAAGGAAAUUGAAAUUGGUGUGCCAGCCCCCGCACAGCGAGAUGAUAUUUUGCGCACUCUUCUCCGUGAAACAGAUCACUGUCUUUCUGAGUCACAAAUUGAAGAGCUUGCCUCAAUAACUCAUGGAUUUGUAGCUGCUGAUUUAGUUGGCCUUUGCAGUAUGGCAACCUUUAUUUGUCUACGACGUUAUGCUAAACAUAAACUUAAUAAGACUUGCAAUGCUAGUUCUGAUAUGAAUACGGCAUCAAAUUCGAGAGAUCAUUCAGAAAUGAUGCUUGUUAGCAGUGACAAGGAGCAUAUUUUGAAAGUGACUUUUGAGGAUUUUCAGAAGGCUAAGCUUGAAAUAAGACCGAGUGCCAUGAGAGAGGUGAAUCUCGAGGUUCCAAAGGUUCAUUGGGGAGAUGUGGGCGGCCAAAAGGAGGUCAAAGAUCAAUUGUUGGAAGCAGUAGUAUGGCCUCAAAAGCACCGUGAUGCAUUCACACGUAUUGGGAAUAACCCUCCAAAAGGUAUAUUGAUGUUUGGGCCUCCAGGUUGUAGCAAAACCCUCAUGGCACGUGCAGUUGCUUCUGAAGCAGGAUUGAACUUUCUAGCAGUCAAGGGUCCUGAACUCUUCAGCAAAUGGGUUGGUGAAUCUGAGAAGGCUGUCAGAUCAUUGUUUGCAAAAGCAAGGGCCAAUGCCCCAUCAAUUGUAUUUUUCGAUGAAAUAGAUAGUCUUGCUGUAACUCGUGGGAAGGAAAGUGAUGGUGUUUCCGUGUCAGAUAGGGUCAUGAGCCAGCUUCUUGUUGAAUUGGAUGGUUUGCAAGAAAGAGUUGAUGUUACUGUCAUAGCUGCUACAAAUAGACCAGACAAGAUUGACCCUGCUCUUUUAAGACCAGGACGCUUUGACCGCCUGCUAUAUGUUGGACCUCCUAAUGAGAUGGAUAGAGAAGAGAUAUUUAGCAUUCAUUUGCGUAAAAUUCCUCAUGAUUCUGAUGUUAACAUUAAAGAACUGGCUCAAAUGACUGAUGGUUAUACUGGGGCCGAUAUAUCACUUAUAUGUCGACAAUCAGCUUUUGCAGCAAUGGAGGAAAGCUUUGACGCUUCUGUUGUAACAAUGAAGCACUUAAAGAUGGCAAUUGAACAGGUUCAGCCCUCAGAAUAUCAGUCGUACCAAAAGCUGUCAGCAAAAUUUCAAAGGGUCGUCUUCUCUGCUGUGAUAUAAAUGGUUAUAACCAGUUGCAACACAUUUGAUUCCUGCGGUCAUUUUUUGUUUGAGGACUGCUCAAAGUGGUUAACCACAGUGCAGAGAGAAUGGCGACUUUGUUGAGUGUGUAGAGGAGAGAAUGGUGAGUAGUAUGAGAAGACAAGGAUGAGAGAGAACGGCAGUAAAGAUAAAGGUGUGACUUCUGCUUGCUAAAGUUAGAGAACCUCUCGUGCUUCGAAACGCAGUGGAUCUGCAAAUCUUGCGCGUCGCCAUGAAAAUCACUGAGCUACAAAACGAAGCUUCGAUUCAUCAUGCAGUCUCACCGUGAGAACAAACAGUUUUGGUUCAGCUUUGGUUCAUUUCUUUUUUUGAAAUACUCUAGUUAAUUUUCUGAUGAAAAUUGGGAGGUUUAGGUUAUAUUUCGCUUUCUGGAUUUUGGUUCUCAUUGAACUUUUUUCUCAUAAAGCUGGAAAAUCAUAAUAUUUUAUUUUAUAAUAUACUUUAUUAUUUGAUUUGAAGAAGUUACGUUGGGCUCUCAAAUGUGUGCCAAGACAGGAAAGACUUCACAACAUUUAUACGAUAACAAAUUAUUUGAUUUUUUAUCACA